AUGGGUCGUCUUGAAGGCAAGAACUGCAUCAUCACCGGAGGCGCUGGCGGUAUCGGUCUCGAGACUGCCAUUCUCUUUGCUCGGGAAGGCGCAAAUGUACUUCUUUCCGACAUUUCCGGUCCAGCUCUGGAGAAGGCUUCGGCCAAGCUGAAAGAGAUAGUCCCAGAGGCUAAGAAGGUCGAGACUAAGAUUACCGAUGUUUCCAAGGAGGCCGAUGUGCAGGCUAUGGUUGAGCACGUGGACUCAUGGGGUGGGCUGGAUGUACUGUUCAACAACGCAGGCAUUAUGCACUCAGACGACGAUGACGCUGUCAACACACCCGAGAAGAUCUGGGACCUGACACAAGCCAUCAACGUCAAGGGUGUAUGGUUCGGCUGCAAGCACGCAGUCAACAGCUUCAGGAAGAACGGCAAGAAGAAGACCAGUGUCAUCAACACCGCUAGUGUUGUCGCAUUGGUCGGUAGCGCAACACCUCAGCUCGCAUACACCGCCAGCAAGGGUGCCGUACUGGCCAUGACACGCGAGUUGGCUAUGGUUCACGCACGUGAGGGCUUCAGGUUCAACGCGCUAUGCCCAGCACCGUUGAACACACCGCUCCUGCAAGAUUGGCUCGGUGACGACCAGGCUAAGCGUCACCGUCGCGAAGUCCACUUCCCCACUGGUCGCUUCGGUGAGGCUAUCGAGCAGGCACAGGGUGUCCUAUUCCUUGCCAGCGAUGAGAGCAGCUUCGUCAACGGCACUGAUUUCGUCAUCGAUGGUGGCAUGACCAGGUGUUACACCACGCCGGACGGUCCACCCACCGAGGCGCCCAAGAACAACGCAAAGUAA